AGCGACGCGAGAGCCGCGCGCAGCCCCUAGAGCGACCGCGGCGACUGGCCCCGCCCUCGGGAGCUUACUGGCAGGUCCUUGAAUUCCUGCUGGAACUACCGCCGGUCGUUUCUGUCCCUACAGAUCAAACCUCAUUACUGCGGAUCUGUCACGGCUAAAGUUGUAACGAGUGCGGUCGAGGCAAUUUAGUUCCUAGACUUUCUAGAAGGAAUUAUUUGAUAGUGUUUAGAAUUAGACCUACCUUGGAAUCCUCUCCACCCUCUGAUACAAAUGUAAUCCUCAGGUUCAGUUACUUGACUCUUGAUUUUCUGUUUCCUGUUGAUGAUUUUCUUAUCCUCAUGGAAUAUUGUGAAGAUUGUAAUAUGUAUGCAAUAUAGUGUACAUAAUGUACAUUUUAUACACUCAGUAAAUAGUAGCUCUAAUAAUAAUAUACUCAUAGUCCAGCUUCCGGGGGAAGUUAACAGUUGUUGGUUGUAUUUUAUCUGUUGUUACUUUCAGUGAAAUGAACAAGAUCGUAAAUAUUAGUUCAGGUUGUAAGACGCACUGAGUUGGUUUCUUGAAAGCAAAGAAAAAUGUAAUAGAAGAGACUCCCGUUAUCAUGACUGGGUAUAUAUGACAGUAGAAAUGACGUGUUAUCGGAAAAGGAAAACUUCUAAAUGCAAUUGCCCACUCCACUCCGGGAGCUCCUACAGUGUGGAAGCCCGAAAAGGAGUUUUUGCAGUCGGGGUGGGGUGGGGGGUGGGGUUCCCUGAAGAAUAACAUCAGUCAUUUUAGACUACCCGCUAUAGUAAAGCAAUAAUUUAUAAUAAUAGCUGCUAACAUCUAUUAAGCUUUAAUAUGCAGCAGGCAUAUGUCUUUAUAACCUUACCUUGUAUUCACUGGCUUAAUUUUCACAACCCAAAGGCUUGGCUGCUAUCCGAAAGGUUGGCGGUUGGAACGCACCAGCAGCUCCACGGGAGAAAAGACCUCGAGAUCUUCUCCCAUAAAGUUUACAGCCUAGGACACCCUAUGGGGCAGUUCUGUUCUAUUUUAUAGAGUCACUGUGAGUCGGAAUCUCCUCGACGGCACACAGCGACAUGAGUUUGUAUAUUUGAAUCAGGUACAAUUGGCUGGUAUGCUGUCUCUUGUAAUCGUCUUGUAGUUGGAUGUGAUUGGUUAUAUGCAUGCAGUACACACUAAAGAAGAGGCAAAACGCUAGCUUCAGCAGUUUUUCUAAUCAUUGAAUAUAUUUCGGGAAAGGUUUUUUUCACCACCUGUUCAGAUUUGAAUACACUGAAGAAGUUAAAAUCUGCAGAAAGAUUAUUUUUGCUGAUUAAAAAACAGUUUCCACUUACUGUUUUUUCUGCAAGUAAAGGUAUGGUGUAUGCCUAUUGCUUUUACACAUGUGAUAUAUUGUACUCCAGAGUUUUCUGCUUGAUAGUUAAUAUUUAGCCAUUUCACAUUUUUAAGAUUCAUUCAUGCCUCUGGGAUCAUUAGUUUUAUAUUUUUUACUGUAUUUCCUGGAUAUUAAUUAUCACCUAAUUGUAGUAGUUAGAGUCUGUCUCUUCUCUUUACAACCUGCUUUCUGUCUGCAGAGGUAUAGGUGUUCUUGGCCACAUUUUUUCUUUGAGAAUUAUGAUCAGGCACCUUCUCUAGAGAUAUGUAUGGUCAGUUGUAUUUAUAUGGAUUUAGAGGCAUGUAAUAACUCAAAAUGCAUUAUUUUAAAAAAUUGUUCAAAACUGUCACCUUUAGUUCAUAAGUGAUAGAAUUGGAAAAAUGCCACAUAGUAGAAUUUCCUAUUUCUGGGACUUCAAAUGUUUUUGAAUACAUUUUUAUCCAUUUAUAAAGCACUGGAGGUAAAAGAGCCUUAAGGGAAGUCUGUCCACUCCCUAAUUUUAUAAAUUAUUCUGCUAAAGUAAUUUUAAAAGCUUGUUAAAAACAGCAAAGAAGUGUCAGACACUGCAGGAGAAAGCUGCCUUAAACUUUAUUUUGAUUUGCCCAUUUUACACGAUUGUAUUGUCUAUAGUAAACUAAUUCAAGAAAGAUACAGAUGGCAAGAAAUCAAGGCAGGGCAGGAAAAUAUUGUUUUAAAGUAAAUCCCAAAGUAUUAUACUUUGGAGUCAAUAUAAUUUCAUCUCAGUAUUCCACACGCUCUCAUCUUUAGGGAACCACAGUAAAUUACUCUUGGAUCAUCUUGAUGGCCCUUACUCAUCCAGAAAAAAUUAAAUUAUGUUGAGCAUGCUGGCAAUCCCUGAAUUAUGAGUGAGCUGUAUAUCUGAAGUGUUGCCUUAUGGAAACUUAUUUUAAGAUAUGUGCUAAUAUCAUAUGGUCUAAAAUGAAAUACUCCCAAGAUUCAGUUGCUCUGUUUUUGAGCUCUGUGGUUUGCAGUUAGUUCUGUUUCUUUUUUAACUUAAUUUUUCUGAGUUCUGUGGUUGGUAAUAUUCUGUAUUUUUAAACUUAAUUUGUAUAGGCAAAAUCAGCAUUAUUUCAAAGAUAGAUAUGCACUCUAAGUCUGCAUAUGUUGAAGGAAAAAUAUUUAAGGAACUGCAAAAACUUAUAAAUGAUGAUCCAGGAAGUUGGUUGAAUGCCAUUUCACUUUGGAAAAGUCUUCUUGAACUUGAUGCAAAAAAUGAAAAACUUUCUCAAGAAAGUUCUCCCCCACUGAAAAGAAAAGUGGAAGAAAAUGAAAUUAUCGUUGCUAAGAAAUUAAAAACAGAGCAAAUGCAAGAGCUACAAGAGAAUAGGGAAUGCCAGCUGGAAAAACAAACAGGAGAAGAAACACUGGAGCAAGAAGAUUUUAUCACUAAAAGAGAAGAUUUUCAAGAAGAAGAGUUUCAGAAUGAUGUCGAGAAAGCAAUUGUUGGUCAUAACCAGAAAGACUUGACUUUCAGAGUGUCUUGUCGCUGCAGCGGGGCUGUUGGAAAGACCUUUACUGCACAGGAAGUAGGAAGAAUCAUUGGAAUUGCUCUUAUGAAACAAUUUGGAUGGAAAGCAGAUUUGAGGAAUCCAAAUUUAGAGAUUUUUAUACAUCUAAAUGACAUUUACUCGGUGGUAGGGAUUCCUGUUUUCAGGGUUCCUUUAGCCAACAGAGCUUACAUCCAGACAGCAGGACUGCGAUCAACCAUAGCGUGGGCAAUGGCGUCUCUCGCUGAAAUUCAAGCUGGUGCACUUGUUUUAGAUCCAAUGUGUGGACUUGGAACAAUACUUUUGGAAGCUGCUAAAGAAUGGCCAGAUGUGUAUUAUGUAGGUGCUGAUGUCAGUGACUCACAAUUACUAGGGGCUCAUGACAAUCUGAAAGCUGCAGGCCUUAAGGAUAAAAUUGAACUGCUUAAAGCCUCUGUAAUAGAAUUGCCAUUGCCUUCAGAAAGUGUCGAUAUUAUUAUUUCUGACAUUCCAUUUGGGAAAAAGUUUAAGUUAGAAAAAGACAUCAAAAGCAUUCUACAAGAAAUGGAAAGAGUGCUUCGUGUUGAUGGAGCCAUUGUAUUGUUACUCAGUGAAGAUCACCACAGGUGCCUUCAAGAUUGUGAAGAGAGCGGCAUCCCUUUGAAUUCCAAGAGCAGCCACAUAGAUGAACCUGGAAUGAAAAAGUGCUUGAAUCCUGAGGGUGAAAAUGGCAUAUCAGAGACAGCAUCUUCUUCAUUUCAAGCCAGUAACCAAGAGGGCUUAGACAGAACGUCACCAUUUGGCUCUUUAGUGCCAGUGGAAUGCUACAAAGUUAGCCUUGGAAAAACAGAUGCGUUUAUAUCUAAAUAUAGGAAAUCACACUCUUCUGGAUUAUAGCAGUCUCACUACUGUAGACCAGGUCCAAGUCCGUAUGUCUUAACUGUACUGCAGUAGAAGAUGUUGUCCUUAGGAUUCUCCACAGUGCCAGAGUUCCAAGUAAAUAAUUUCCUGAAGGCAGGAGUUGUGGCUGCUGGACAUGAGUUCUUAGUAAGAGUUUCUCCUUUAUAAUCCAAAGGGAUUAAUGUUUCUCACAAAGAGCAGGUAAUGAAUAUUUAAGCUGAAGGACUCUGAAGUUUUUGUAUUUUCUCAGAACGUGAAAAGAUCCGCUCUGCCAUGUAUUGUUUCUGAGCAGAAGCUUCCACUUUAAAGCAAAAGUUUUAAUGAGUUCACAUAAAAUGUAUUGUAGUCAACAAGGUUGGUUAUAAUCUUUUAACUACCAAUGUUUUGAAAUGGAGGAACCUUUAUGUAUAAAUUCUUUCGAUAUUAAACUAGAUUUUUUUAAACCUAUGGUGUUCUCCAUUGGAAUGAAAAUAGUUUUUACUUGCAAUACAUUUUUUAUGCCCCAUGUAUAUACAUACAACAUUGGUGGGAAUAAUAACAAUUUGAAUUAAGCUAAUAUCCUUCAACAUGAUGGAAAAUAAAGUUACCUUAUUUUCUAAAAGCAUUACUAAAUCAUCUCACUCUUACAGGAAUUAAAGUAGUGUUCACUACUUAAGAGGAAGAAACAGGAAGUUGGUGAAAAUAAUAUGUUCAAAUUUAAGUUUUUAAUAGCCUGAUAUAGUGACUCAGCUUUUUAGCUGCUUUAGUAUCAUUUGAACAGCCUCCCUAAAAUUUCUCACCUUGUGAAUCCCACCUGUCCAAAGUAGAAACCAACUAGAAUUCUGAGUCGGAAAUUGAUACCCCUGUACCUAUGAUGGAAACCUUGGUGGCAUAGUGCAUAAGAGCUUGGCUGCUAACCAAAAGGUCUGCAAUUCGAAUCCAUCAGAUGUUCCUUGGAAACCCUCUGAGGCAGUUCUACUCUGCCCUGUAGGGUUGCUAUGAGUUGGAAUUGACUCAACGGCAAUAGGUUUGGUUUUUUUGGUUUUUUGGUACCUAUGCUACUCUGAGGGAGUGCAGGCAACAGACUCUUAGAAAUGUGAAUGUGAUAUUGGUUGUCUGACCUAGGUAAAUUAAAGGUGAGGAUGCAGCUGGUAUUAAAGGAAGCUUGCAGCAAUGAUGAAACAAUUUGUUACCCUUGUGCUUACCUGCUGCUAUAGAAAAUAUCAAGAACCUGAAGAAUACAAGCACUAAGAAUACAAGCCAUCUGCGUUUAACAGAACUUGACAGCUUAAAAAAAAGCAAGAUUCCUGUAGUCCUAACUUCUUGCGUUAAGGCAGUGGUUCUCAGCUGGAGGUGAUUUUGCUUCCCAGGGGACAUUUGGCAAUGUCUUCAGAAAUUUUUGGUUGUCACAACUGGGGGAGGUGCUACUGAUACCUAGUGGGUAGAGACCGGGAAUACUGCUUGUCUUAGGCUGAGUUCUCUAGAGGAGCAAAACCAGUGAAGCAUGUAUAUAAAUAAGUAGAUUUAUUU